AUGCAAGCCAGAGACGCCGCAGGCCGUUCAGUAUCGCUACUGAAUGACGAUACAUACUCGCGUCCUCUCACAUAUCGUGCUGCCAGCCAUUAUCAUACCACCGGGGAUGCUUCCCCACUCCCACACACACCAGAGCUGUUCCGGUCCAACUCGUAUGAUUCCAACAGCAGUUACCCAGAUCCCCUCUCCCCAAUGACGCCGCAAGUAUACGACUUCUCCCAAAGCCAAUACGACAACAUUUACCCAGCGGACAAGUCUGCCACACUGAAGCGCCCUUCCUACAUUGACGCUGCCAGCCGGUCCAACUCAUUCAUGGACGAGGAGAGCUCGAAUUCGUCCGUGCCGGAGCGCACAGCAAAGCGUUACCCAUGCCGCUACCGCGACUCUCAUGGCUGUGAAAAGACUUUUACCACGUCUGGUCACGCUUCGAGGCAUUCCAAGAUCCACACAGCGGAGAAGGCUGUGCAAUGCACCUACGUGGGCUGCCACAAGAAGUUCACCCGUGCCGAUAACAUGAAGCAGCACCUCGAGACCCACUACAAGGACAAGUCGCGAUCGUCAAGCAAGUCGUCAUCCAAGAGCUCAUUGAGCAGCUCAUCGAAACGCGGCUCCGUCUCGGCGCGGUCGACGGGCUCCUCGGUCAGCAGCCACGGAUCGCAAGAUGUCGCCAUGUGGGAUGCCGACCACUAUAGCGUCACUUCCGAGUGUUCCUGGGACAUGCGGGGCCUCACCCAUCCCCUCAUGACCCGUCCUGGCGCUACAAGGACGCAGAGCAGCGGCCUCGAUGCGCUUGCAGUUGCGGCCAUUGCCUGCCAAGAAGGCGGUGCAUAA